AUGAGCACUACUACUACAACCCAAAACAAGGUGGACGCCACUACCAAGAAGACCAAGGCCCCCGCGGCCCAGACUGGGGUUGAGAACCUCGGUCCCGCUUUUGACCCGUUUGCCCCCGUCGAUGACUUGAACGACACUCCCUCUAUCGAAAAGGCCGUUGGUAACAAGAAUGACAAGAUUCACAUCCGUCUCCAGCAGCGUAACGGUCGAAAGACCCUUACCACCAUCCAAGGUAUCCCCUCCAAGUUCAACCACAACAAGAUCCUCAAAGCCAUGAAGAAGGAAUUCGCUUGCAAUGGUACCGUCCACAAGCCCGAGGUCGACUCGGAUGAGGAGGCUUCCCCUGCCCCUGGUGCCAAGGUCAACCACGGAGAUGUCUUGCAGCUCCAGGGCGACCAGAGGAUGGGCGCCAAGCAGUUCUUGAUUGACAGUGGGAUUGUGUCUGCCAAGGAUGCGAAGGUCACUAUUGUGGUCCACGGUUACUAA